AUGGCCUGCCUUGCGAAAUUCAGAAACUUGGUCGUCUUCACCGUUCUUUUCUACGGCUUGUACCUUUUCACCUACAAGUGUCCCCAGGUGGUGGACCAUCCAAUUGAGCUGUCGGCAAAGUCCAUCUUCAGCCCUCUUGCCUCCACACACAAACACUUGUGUGGCCACUUGAACCAUGGCCACCAGGUUGCUACUCCUUACAUUGGUAAGGUUCACCAGUUCUUGGAUGACCACGUCCACUCGACUGCUUUCUUCAAGGACAACAAGAUUGAGGACAAGAUCCAGUGUGCCAAGGGUAAGUUCAACACCCACGUCCACCCAUACGUGGUGAAGGUCUGGGAAGGCGUUGAGUUCGUCGAGGCUCAGGCUUUCGACCUUGGCUACAAGGCUUACGGUCACGCUGAACAGCACUUCCACAAGACUAUCCAGCCAAAGGCUGAGGAGUUCAAGGACGCUGUCGUUAACCAGGCCGAGGCUGUCAAGGAUGAGGUCCAUGAAAACUUCGAGUGA